GCAGCGGGCAGCGGGCGCUCGGGGGGCGGGUUGGCUCACAGUUUGUGAUCUUCAGUUCAAUUCCUGUGUCAUGGAUGAAACUGCUUUGUCCCUUGGAACAAUAGAUGUUUCCUAUUUAUCCACCUCAGCAGACUGCAGCAUCAGUAGAUGUAAGCAUUCCACUGAAGAGUGGGGAGAGUGUAACUCUCGUCCCACUCUGUUCCGAUCUGCCACUUUAAGAUGGAAGGAGGCUCUGCUGAGCAGGAAAAGGCCGUUUGUGGGACGAUGUUGCUAUGUAUGCACUCCCCAGAGCCGGGAUAACUUCUUCAAUUCUAGUAUUCCUUCUUUGGGUCUACGUAAUGUCAUAUAUAUCAAUGAAACACAUACCAGGUACAGAGGCUGGCUUGCGAGACGCUUUUGCUACGUCCUUUUUGUGCAAGAGAGAGAUGUUCAUAAGGGUAUGUUUGCCAAGAAUCUGACAGAAAAUGUGCUGAAUAGCAGCAGAGUCCAGAAGGCCAUUGUAGAUGAAGCUUCUGAGCCAAGUACUCCAGGCACUUUUGUUCAGACAGAUCCUAAAGCUAUCAACAAAGUGAAGAAAAAAGCUAGGAAAAUUCUCCAGGAGAUGGUAGCAAACGUGUCCCCUGCUUUAAUCAGGUUGACUGGCUGGGUGUUACUGAAGUUGUUUAACAGCUUCUUCUGGAAUAUCCAGAUCCACAGAGGUCAAAUUGAAAUGGUCAAAGCAGCAACAGAGAUGAAUUUGCCUCUUAUCUUUUUGCCUGUUCACAAAUCCCACAUCGACUAUCUGCUGCUUACAUUCAUUCUUUUCUGCCAUAACAUCAAAGCACCCUACAUAGCUGCAGGGAACAAUCUCAACAUCCCCAUCUUCAGCACAUUGAUCCGCAAGCUGGGAGGAUUUUUCAUUCGUCGGAAGUUGGAUCAGAACCCUGACGGUCGUAAGGAUUUCCUGUACAGAGCUUUGCUCUAUGUGCACAUAGAAGAACUGUUGAGACAGCAGCAGUUUCUAGAAAUAUUCUUGGAAGGCACACGGUCUCGAAGUGGAAAGACAUCUGGAGCUAGAGCAGGUCUCCUGUCAGUGGUGGUGGAUGCUCUCUUCUCAAAUGCUACUCCUGAUGUCCUAAUUAUACCUGUGGGAAUCUCCUAUGAUCGCAUAAUUGAAGGUCACUAUAACAGUGAGCAGCUGGGCAAGCCUAAGAAGAAUGAAAGUCUUUGGAGUAUAGCUAGAGGAGUCUUCAGAAUGCUGCGGAAGAAUUAUGGGUGUGUCAGAGUAGAUUUUGCACAACCAUUUUCCUUAAGAGAAUAUGUAAACAGCCAAAGCCAAAAACCUGUGCCUGCUCCUUUUUCUUUGGAACAAGCUUUGUUACCAGCUAUACUUCCAUCAAGACCUAAUGAUACUGUGGAUGAAGGUGCAGAAGCCUCACUGCCCAACUCCAGGGAUAUCACCAGUGAACCCUUCAGAAGAGAGCUGAUAUCCAACUUGGCUGAGCACAUUCUGUUCACUGCUGACAAGUCCUGUGCUGUGAUGUCUACCCACAUUGUUGCCUGUUUGUUGCUGUACAGACACAGGCAGGGAACUGAUCUUUCCAGACUGGUAGAAGAUUUCUUCUCUAUGAAGGAGGAGGUCCUAGCCCGUGACUUUGACUUGGGAUUUUCAGGGAACUCAGAUGAUGUUGUCAUGCAUGCCAUCCACUUGUUGGGGAACUGUGUAAAUAUCACAAACACGAGCAGAAACAAUGAGUUCUUCGUCACUCCCAGCAUCACAAUACCUGCUGUCUUUGAGCUCAACUUCUACAGCAAUGGAAUACUUCAUGUAUUCAUUAAAGAGGCUGUUAUUGCCUGCAGUCUUCACGCGAUUCAGAGCAGGAGGUACAGAAAUGGUACCAGUGGUGCUUCUCCCAGUUUAAUCAGUCAAGAGCACCUGGUCAGAAAAGCUGCCAGCUUGUGCUACUUGCUUUCCAAUGAAUUCUCUGUGUCUUUGCCUUGCCAGGUGAUCUAUCAAGUUUGCCACGAGUCUGUGGAAAGGCUGAUCCAGUAUGGCAUUCUCCUGGUGGCUGAGGAUGAUCAGGAGGAUGUUAGCCCCAGUCUUACAGAACAGCAGUGGAAUAAAAAACUCCCUGAGCCAUUAUCUUGGAGAAGUGAUGAGGAAGAUGAAGACAGUGAUUUUGGAGAGGAGCAGAGAGAUUGCUACCUGAAGGUGAGCCAGUCUCAGGAGCACCAGCAGUACAUCACUUUCCUGCAGAGGUUACUGGGACCAUUACUGGAGGCAUACAGCUCUGCUGUCAUCUUUGUGCACAAUUUUAGUGGUCCUGUUUUAGAGUCUGAAUAUAUUCAGAAGCUACACAGGCACUUAAUAAGCAGGACAGAGAGGAAUGUUGCUGUGUAUGCUGAGAGUGCUACCUACAGUCAUGUGAAAAAUGCAGUGAAAGUCUUCAAGGAAAUUGGAGUUUUCAAGCAGACUCAGCAGAGGAAAGACACCAUUUUGGAACUUGGCACUACGUUCCUACCUCAGAGCAACAGGCAGAAACUGCUGGAAUUUGUCAUGAGCUUCAUGGUGUUAUAGACCACACACAGCACCUUUGUCCAGGGACACGAGGACAGGUUUUGAGACUGUGGCAAAGCCUGGGGACAUUUGCUAAUCCUUCAAACUGUAAGGUGCCACUGUCUGGGUAAGGCCUUCUCUGACUUGAACUACUGGAAGACAAGUGCCUUCUUACGUGUGCAUUUAUGGGUUUCUUACAGUCCCAGUCACGUUGUAAUACAGCGAUACUCAGAUGACACUUUCGAUACAAGCAAUUUAACUUGUUGCAAAAAAUGAGAUAAAUUAUUAGACUUAGAUGUAAAAAAAAAAAAAAUUUUAUCAGUGUUACAUUUUAAAUAAACUUUUAAAGACUGUAA